ACAGAAUCUUUGCACUACAUGAACCUUUCCCUUGAUAUUAUGAUCUUCCUGUCGUUUCUUCGCCAUACCUAACCAUGUCGACUACUGUUGUGAAGUCAAUCGACCCUAUUAUUGAUGUGGGGAAUCUCCUUGCCGUGGAUUUGCAGCCGCUGGAUACAGCUCGCCUCCAGAAUGAACGCGAAGAGUAUGUGAGAAGUGUCACCCGGGAUAACCUGCAAUUACUGGUCAAUGAAGUAUGGAAGCUUCCCGCAGAGCGUGCAGAGGAUGCUGUUGUCGUUGCGUUACCGCCUGGCACAACACUGCUACCAAGAGAGAAGCCUGUGCCCAAGCCAAGACCUCCUACCAAGUGGGAAAAGUAUGCCAAGCAAAAGGGUAUUGUAAAGAGGAAGCGCUUGCAAAUGGUCUAUGACGAAGAGGCAAAGGAAUACAAACCUCGCCAUGGAUACAAGCGUGUCAAUGAUGAGAAGGCAGUAUGGGCGCUGCCAGUACCGGAGCAAGGAGAUCCGAUGGAGGACCAGUUUGAGAAGCGAGCGAAUGCCAAGAAGGAACGCGUUGCAAAGAAUGAAGUCCAACGCUUGCGCAAUAUUGCUCGCUCGCAAAAGGGUGGGCUCAAGGCCGUGCAGAAAUCGAUGGCUACCGAUGCGCAGGCAAUACGGAAAGCAGAGCGAGAUGCCAAGAAAGCAAAGGUUACCAAGGCUCUUUCAGUGGCGAAAACAGCAACCGCAUCAAUGGGUGUACAUGACACAGAUGUAGUGGCCAAGAGAAAGGAGAAAGGACAGCGAAGAAAAUUCCAGCCUGUCGUCGGUGACUUUAAGGCUGAGCGGACUCGCCAUGCGCAGCUGGCUAAGAAGCUAUUCAGUGAUAAGCCGACCGUGAAUGUGACCAAGGCGGUGAAUCGACUCGAGCUCAUCGAGGCAGAGGAGAGGAGAGAGCGCCCGCAGAAGGGACGAGCACAGAAAGGGCGCCCACAAAAGGGACGCCCACAGAAGGGCCGCCCACAGAAGGGCCGCCCGCGGAAGGGAGGCCCGCAGAAGUAGUCCUAGGGCCCUUUUGAAAUUUCCCACUUUUACUUGACACAUGUUGGCUAACAUGGAUUUUAUGAUCAUUCCUGGAUGGUUUUUGCCUCCUGAACACGA